UUACUACAUUCCGAUUUUAACACAUGAGUGAUUAAAGAUUACACUAGAUUUGUACGAGAGUUAUGAAACCUUAAUUCUACACAAGUGCACGGAAAAUUUUCCUUUUUUUUCCGGUUUCCUUUUUUCCAAAUUGUUUUUAGUGUGUGCUUGUUAACAGACGUCCAAUUAGGUAAUGCACAAGGCGGAGGAUUGAUGAGAUAUGGCACAACGUUAUCCCGACAAACCAAUGGCUGAGACGGUUUGUUGACCAUUGGAGUGAUGAGGUGGCUGUUAGUGGCUACGGUGGUGCUCGGGGCGGGGGCAUCGCCGCCCCUGGACGACGACCCGCUUAUAAUCGAGACUGACAAAGGACGCGUCCGAGGAAUAACAAUCGCAGCAUCCACUGGCAAACUUGUCGACGCUUGGCUUGGGAUCCCAUAUGCACAAAAACCGAUCGGUAAACUGAGAUUUCGGCAUCCACGGCCGUUGGACAAAUGGAACCACAUCCUGAACGCAACCCGGCUGCCGAACACUUGCGUGCAGAUCAUCGAUACUGUCUUUGGCGAUUUUCCAGGAGCGAUCAUAUGGAAUCCGAACACCCAGCUAUCGGAAGAUUGUUUAUAUCUGAACGUUGUAGUUCCUAAACCUCGCCCGACCAACGCAGCCGUCAUGGUGUGGAUAUUCGGAGGAGGGUUUUAUUCGGGUUCGGCCACGUUGGACGUGUACGACCACAAGACGCUCGUAUCGGAAGAAAACGUGAUAUUAGUGUCGAUGCAGUACAGGGUAGCGUCCCUCGGCUUCCUGUACCUGGAUACGGCGGACGUACCCGGGAACGCCGGUCUUUAUGAUCAACGGAUGGCACUUCAAUGGGUGCACGACAACAUUCAUCUGUUCGGAGGCGACCCUCAGAAGGUGACGCUGUUCGGCGAAAGCGCCGGUGCCGUUUCCGUCUCGCUCCAUCUUUUGUCGCCUCUUAGUCACAAACUGUUCAACCAGGCGAUCAUGGAAUCCGGCUCGGCUGUGGCUCCGUGGGCGAUCAUUUCGAGGGAGGAGAGCAUGCUGCGAGGACUGAGACUCGCCGAAGCGGUCGGCUGUCCGCAUUCUAAACAUGAACUUCGCGCCGUCAUCGACUGCCUUCGAAACACCAACGCGACCGAUUUAGUAUCCAACGAAUGGGGGACUCUAGGGAUAUGCGAAUUCCCUUUCGUUCCCAUUGUCGAUGGAACGUUCGUAGACGAUCACCCAAAGCGAAAUUUGGCCGCGAGAAACUUCAAGAAGACCAAUAUCCUGAUGGGCAGCAACACGGAAGAAGGAUACUACUUCAUUAUUUAUUACCUCACCGAGUUGUUCAGGAAGGAAGAGAACGUUUACAUCAACAGGGAAGAGUUCUUGCGGGCGGUCGUGGAACUCAACCCUUACGUCAACAACAUUGCUCGCCAGGCGAUUAUUUUCGAGUACACAGACUGGCAGAACCCCGAAGACCCAAUCAAAAACAGGGACGCCCUGGACAAAAUGGUCGGCGACUACCAGUUCACGUGCACCGUCAACGAGUUCGCUCACACGUACGCGGAAAGCGGGAACGUCGUGUACAUGUACCUUUUCUCCCACAGGUCGAUAGGGAACCCGUGGCCGUCGUGGACCGGCGUCAUGCACGGCGACGAAAUCAACUACGUCUUCGGGGAGCCGCUCAACCCAACGAAAAACUACCUGCCCUCCGAGGCGGAAUUGAGCCGUCGAAUGAUGAACUACUGGGCCAACUUCGCCAAAACUGGGAAUCCAAACCUGAAAGGAAACAAUUCCUGGACAUCGACGUACUGGCCUCAGCAUACUGCAUACGGGCGAGAGUUCCUAACGCUUGGAAUCAACCAGUCCAGCAGUACCACAGGGCGAGGCCCUAGAGUUAAACAAUGUGCUUUCUGGAAAAAGUAUUUACCGCAGCUUAUAGCUUCCACAGAGACGAGAACAAAUCCAGUACAGGAAUGCACAAACGGUGUCAACAGCCUGUCAUUGUCGAAAGAAUUACUUCCAGCUGCGGUCGCAUUUUUUGCGGCUUUAACUGUUUAUGUUUAAUAAACGUAUUUUGUACAUAAGGCCACCAAAGAGAUGAAUGAAAGAUAAAUCAAAAACAAAAAAAAAUGAUAAAAGAUAAAUAUAUAUGAACAAAUUGAACAUAUCUUACCCUCCCCCCUUGCGUGUAAUAUAAAUUAUAUGUAAAGAGAUUUUGAAACAAAAAUUAGCUGAUAGGUUCCUCAGAUGGUUAAGAUUUAAACAGAGCAAAUGGAUUUUUAUGGUGUUCAUAACACAUUUAAUGUGAGCCCCCUGAUGUUUUUGCCCAUGGCGUUGAAAAAACUCUAAAAAUCGUGGUUUAUUUACACAGCACUUGCUUUAUUUGAAGUUUACGUAUCGUGUAAUUUUUAUUUAACGAAAAAUCUAUUGUUUUUAACGUUUACUUAGCAAUUACAGGGUUAGUCAAGGUUUAAUUUAAAUUUGUGAUAAUCAGAAUUUUUAUACGAGUUAUGGAUCAUUUGUUAGGACAUGAGAAUGGCAAAAGCUGUGGACACAACGGAUUCCUUCGAGUUUUUUCACACAAAUAGUUAUUUUUAGAAGACGCAAACAAUUGUUGUAAGUGUGUUAUGAAUGCACAUUAGUCAAAUAUAGGAAGACAUAUCGUUUUGUACAAUAAUAUCUGUAUGCACUCGAUGUAUAUACAAUAUAUGUCAAUAAUUGCACACUUAGUUAUUUCUCUAAACCGAAGUAGGCUGCCAUAAAUUGCUUUUGAAGGUUGCCUACCCUUUUUGACAAUAUCGAGCUAGUUUAUUGGCAAUCUAAUUUUUAAAAACUAAUAAAUAAAAGUUUUUGUUUUCAUUAAAGAAAAACUUUGGUAAACGUCGAAGAUCACAGCUGUUUUGACAAUAUCAUAGUUUUAUUGUCAUAUAUAGAACUUUUGUUUGCUGUGAUAAAAUUCUGCGAUUUAUGAUUUGGCUUGCCUAGAUUGUUUGUCGCGUUAAAAAAUCUUUCAUUUUAAACAAGAAAAUAACGAGCACUUACUCUUUAAAAAAAAAAACUUGCAAAACAAAACAACACAUAUCAUAAAAAGUUAUAAACAAUGUUAUUGUCCGCCUAAUAUAUGAACAAACUAAAAUAAUUGUAAAUAAUAUAAAUGAUGAGAUCUUUAUUUUGCAUGCUUUGCUACUUAAUGUACACUUUUAAUCAAACCAAAUUGUUCGAAAAACGGGCCAUAACACAUAUGUAUGCGUACGAAAAUCGUACUAGGUGUAUAGUUAGUGUUGCCUUGGGUGUCACCAAGUGUAUAUAAAAAAAUAUAUAUAAAAAGAUUAAAUUUAAAUUAAACUACAUGAUUGUGGUUACAAUAAAAAUAUAUAUAAUUUAUAUAUAAACUACACGUACAAUCCACAUUUGACCUAUUAUUUUUGUACAGAUUUAGCAAUCGCUUUUAAUAAUCAAAAUAAAGAUUCAUUUUUUGUUUGUUUUUCUAUUGUUCUUAAUCCUGCUAUUUAGCAUUUUUCAAUUAUGUAUAAUGCUUUAAAUUCAUUAACCAAAGAGAUAAAACACAAGUUCACACCCACUUUUUUCCAUACAUGACAAUUAUAUAGUUACAAUUGCCAUUAAAUAUAUUAAUUAUUCUGACAAAUGUGCUAUCAAAAGUGCAUUGCCAGAAACAUCAAAACAUUCAAUUAAUCACGGAAUAAAGCAUUAAACAUAUAAUAACAGUAAAAGUAAAAUUAAAAUGUCGUCAGUACAAAUCACAAGUACAAGUUCAUUUUCACAACCCUCCCUCACAACCCCGUUGAAAAUUCACCUCUAGUUGUUAAUUACGCUUUUUGUAUAUAUUAUAUAAUUAAAAAAAUGAAAAUUAAUGUAAUUUUUUAUAAAACUAACUCGUGUAAAUCUUGCAGCCUUUAAAAAAGAAAAAAAACAGGCUUCCGUUUUUUCGGAAGGAUGAUGAUGAUUUAAACGCAAAUAAUAAAGUACUUAACAUGUUCCUAGUUGAAAACGUAUUUGUUUGAUUCACACACAGAUCUGCUUUAAAUAACAAAAAAAAAACAGUUAACUGUUUCUACCCAUAUUGAUAGUUAUAAUUUCAACAAAUGGAAUUGGUGAUGUUCUUACGAAAAACUGUCAUUACUAGUUACGACAUUCAAAAAUGUUUUUGGUCAUUUUUAUUUUAGUUCCACUGGCCUAAAGUUGCGAUAAACCUUUUCGAUCAGGCCUACAGGCGAGUUAAAGCAAAUAAUACAAUCAAAUAUGACACUGAUGGUUUUAUGUGAAAUAUUAAUUAUAAGACAAUAUAUAAGCAAAAGAUCAAACACCAAUUGUAAUAUUUUAUUAUUGUAAACAGUAAUAAAAAUCACCAAAAUUUUUACACAAUACUCUAGUUCCAUUUAAUGAUUUGUCUCAUUAUUUUAUCUUUUUAAAUGUUCACAUUAGUAAUUAAGUUUUUAACGACAUAAAGUAUGAUAUAAAAUUGUAUUGUUUCUUAGUAAUAUAGAUAUUUAAGAAAUGUAUAUGUUUUUGUAAACAUAUUCUUGUAUACUUCCUCUAAUAUUUAGUUUCUUAUUUAUUUAAUGUAUGUUUUUCAAGAAAAUUUAGUUAUGAAAUAGACAUUAUCAAUGCUAUAAUUAAUUUACUAACAGUGUGUUAUUUUUAUUUGUCUACCGAAAUUUUGUUAUUAAAGAGAAAGCACAUUAAUCCCUUUUCUUUUAUUCAGAGAAAAAAAUCUUAUGUGGAUAAUCGUUAUUUUUCUAAGGAAAAUUUUUGCAAUAAAUUUCACAGGAAUGGUAAAAAUCAUUUGAGGAAGGUUGAAUAUUAUGUAUGAAAAUACAUAUGUUGAAAUGUAUAUAAGGAAUAUGUCAGUGGCGUGUUUUCAGUUGAUUUUCUGCAUCUCCUGCUACCCUUGUACGAAAAAAGGAAAAACAAACAGCACUUCGGAAUAUGUUGUAAAGCAAAAUCACAUUUAUUGUCUUCUCUGCUAAUCGUUUGUGUGCCACCUUCUCAUUUCCAAUAAAAUUUGUUGAAAAAACCCA